UGAUUACAGCUUUCUUUGAAGGUCACCUUGAAGCGCGAAAGCUCAAAAAGGGAGACCGGCCCGCGCGUCUAAAAUCGGCUACUACGUGUUGAUACGCACGUUGAUAGCCGGCGUUGGAAGAACUUGUAUUAUUUAUUUUAAAUCCUUUCGAGGAAGAAUUACAACAUGUUAACGUUUGUUUCGUGGGCAAGUUAAAAUUCACCGGCACUUGCGUGCGUGCAGUCGUGGUCCCGAUUUUACGGCGUACGAACGCUUUCCGUGUUUUCAGUGAACGAGAGCAAACACGAUUUGGAUUUAGUUUUCAAAGUUUUAUUCCUGGAUAGUUUUGGAAGAUGGAUGUGCCGGCGAGAGGAAAUAUUUUGGGACGUGUCGUCCCAGCCCGCUACGUCCUAGCAAUCCUCGGCUCCAUAGGCAUGGCGAUUGUCUAUGGGUUGAAGGUGAACUUGUCUGUGGCUAUGGUGGGCAUGCUGAACCACACCGGCGUCAAGAUGCUGGCGCUGCGGGAACCCCACCCUAACACCACUGAGAAGGUGGUCGUGGAGGUGGAGUGCCAAGCUACGGACUCUAACGGAACUGUUACCGAAUUGGACGGCCCCUUUAUAUGGUCUUCUGAAAUCCAAGGCAUAGUGCUGAGUUGCUACUUCUGGGGAUACUUCGUGUCCCAGGUUCCAGGGGCGAGGGUUGCAGAGCUGUUCUCAGCGAAAUGGGUGAUGUUCUUCAGCGUGGGGAUCAACGUGAUAUGCACCCUGCUGACGCCUGUCAUGGCGCAGGCGCACUACGCUGCUGCGGUGAUCAUGAGAAUCGGCGAGGGCAUUGGAGGCGGCGUAACAUUCCCCGCUAUGCACGUGCUUCUCUCUAAGUGGGCGCCGCCUGCGGAGCGCUCUGUCAUGGCUGCCCUGGUAUACGCCGGCACUUCGCUGGGAACUGUCAUCUCCAUGCUGAUGGCCGGGAUACUUACUGCUAAAGUUGGUUGGGAGAGCGUAUUCUACGUGAUGGGCGGACUCUCUUGCAUCUGGUGCGUGCUGUGGGUGUUCCUGAUCCAGGACACACCGCAGCAGCAGCCGCUGAUCAGCAUCGAGGAGCGGGACAUGAUUGUCACUUCGUUGGGCGGAAAGGCUGGUGACCAUGCUGAGCAUAAGAAUCUGGCCGUUCCGUGGGCAGCCGUGCUGCGCUCACCACCGUUCCUGGCUAUCCUGGUUUCCCACGCUUGCUCCAACUGGGGCUGGUACAUGCUGCUCAUCGAACUGCCCUUCUACAUGAAGCAAGUCUUGAAGUUCAACAUGACUGAGAAUGCAGUGUCAACCGCCCUGCCGUUCCUGUCUCUGUGGUUCUUCAGUAUCGGCCUGAGCAGGACCUUGGACUGGCUGCGCGGUAAAGGAAUCAUCACCACGACCAUUGCUAGGAAGAUUGGAACUCUGUUUGCAUCCGUGAUCCCGGCUAUAUGUCUGCUAGCAUUAUGUUUCAUCGGCUGCAACCGCGGCGCGGCGGUGGCAAUCACUGCGAUUGGUGUCACCAGCAUUGGAGGCAUGUUCUGCGGAUUCCUGUCCAACCAUAUCGACAUCGCGCCCAACUUCGCUGGAACUCUCAUGGCAUUGACCAACACAGUGGCGACUAUCCCUGGAAUCGUCGUACCUUUGUUCGUUGGCGUCUUGACACACGGAAACCAAACAAUCUCAGCGUGGCGCAUAAUCUUCUUCGUGACCAUCGGUUUGUAUGCCAUCGAGAUCGUCGUGUAUACCCUGUUCGGAUCCGGGGAGGAGCAGCCUUGGAAUAAAGUGGAAGAAAAGAAAGAAGUGGAGCAGGAAGCCAAGCCCUUGAAUAACGAUGAGAAGAAUGACGUUUAAAAAGCAUUGAAAAGGUAUGAUAACCAUGACAGUUUUGUUCAAGGGUAAAAUACUUGUAUUAUUGAUUUUAAAAGAGUUUAUAAAAAUACUAAAGUAGGGACUGUUUAUGUGUCAUUCAUAAUAAUAGUUGCAAAAUAUUAUAGGUAUGUAUUAUAUCUUUAUUUUAGACCGGUUAUACACUACGACUUUUUGCGACGAAAACAUGCGUCAUAAAAAUGACAUUCAUUAUAUCUAAUCACAACAGUAUGUGACAGUAUUUCGUCUGCAUUAAGAUAGAAAUUACUUACUUAAUAUUAAGUGUAAAAACUCAUAAAACUCAAUUUAUUUUUGCAAGUAGGCGUUUAAAAAGCACGUAUAAGACGAUUACGAAUACAUCGCCGCUGCAUUGUGAUUGAAUCGCGACAGCUAGAAUCGCUGCUAAAUAUCGUAGUGUGUAAAUGGCUUUACUCUAUUAAUUUUGGUAGGAUGAUGAUAUAGAAUAAAGGCAACUACGUAUUACUUAUUUACUCACUACUUAGUAUAAAAAUAAGAGGCACGUAUUUGAUUCCGGUUGACUUGUAAUGGAUGUGGUACUGAGUGCUUUCUGUCUAUUUUUUUGUAGUUAGUAUAUGAAAAAUAAGAAGAUUUUACGCCAGUAACUAUAUUCCUGCAGUUGUAUGGUCUUUUUUACCAACUCUUUUUAUAGCUUGUAUAGUAUUUUUUUACCUUAGCAGUGUAGAGUAAUUAUUUUUGAUAUAAAAAUAGAUCCUGGAUAGUUAUGAAUGAAUGUGUAAGGAAACUUUUCAAAAAGUAUUUUAAAUCUAAAAGUAUUAACUUAAUUUGUAUUUUGAAUUGACAUUAUGUAUUUUCAGAUUGCAUAAAAGAACAGACAUUUGUGGUGGUGUACUUAUACAUUUAUAAGUGAUUGCUAUUUAUAAAGCAUUU